UUCUAGUACAAACCUGUGUCAUGAUGUUCUGUGAUGCAUCAUUUAUCGGACAGACAUAAACAAUCAACUUCUCUUUAAAAACAUCAAAAUAUCGGUAAAUACCUGGAAUACGUAACAUCAUGGCAAGAAUAUGUCGAAUAAUUUUUUUGAGAACCUAAAGAAAAGCCGAGUUUUGCUUGUAAUGGUUGGUAGUAUUAUUAGUUUUCACAUUGGUUGGUACUUUAUACAGUUUAAUGAAAAACUUGUUCCUUUAGAAGAAAGGAAACCUCGAGUAGCUGGCAUUAAUUUAUUUAAGAUUGAAGAGAAAAAGGACCAAGAAAAAUGAUCAAAAACAAAGGACCAGGAUUUAUUGAGAAAACAGUUUUAUAUGUACAGAAAAAUAAAUUUGUGUCACUUUUAAUGAUCUGUGGAACAAUUUUCGUGGCAACCAUACCUAGUAAUUUACCAAAAGUUUCUCUCUCCUCGGAACGAUCACAGCAACGAGUUGAACAGCUUCAGAAUAAAGUAGAUUCAAUAAGUAAUGGUAGUGAAAGUUCACAAUAAAUGUUUAGUUUCUUGUUAGUUUCGUGUGAUUGUUAAAUUUUGGAAUGAUGGGGUCUCGAGAAACAUUUAAAAAGCCUUCUCACCUUCAGGUGGACACUUUAGACGACCCUGAAAUCCGAGCAGCCAUUUCGACACUGAGACAGAUCGUAGCUUCGUGUAUGGGACCACACGGAAAAAUUAAAAUAAUCCAAAAUGCAACUGGUGGUCACAUUACGCGAACAACAACCUCUUCAAGGCUGUUUGGUGCCAUUUCUCUCUCGAAACCCGUUUUAAAACUAAUCGUUAGUUCUGUUCAAUCACACGUUGACCAGUACCAAGAUGGCGGCCUAAUGGCUUGUUUGUUUUGUUUAUUGUUGGUUGAGUCGUCGCUUGAUUGCGACGUUAACCGCUCCAUCUUGGCCGAUCUUUAUCAAGUGUUUUACGAUAUUGUUGAUGAUUAUAUGAAUUCUGACGAAUGCGCGUGUAAAUACGAAUUAGAUUUUUCAAAUUUGGAUGCCAUGAUGGCUUUCGUUCAGAAUAUGUAUGAUUCUAAGCCGUUUUGUGGUCUCUAUGGUUACCAGCUAGAAGAGUUCUCCCGUUUGAUUCUUCAGACGUUUUUGCAGUGCAUACCUGACAUGGCGAGCUCGAAGGCCAGUUUUUAUACAACAAGGAUUUACCUGCUGUGCGUCAAACACGAGGACAUGAAUUAUUCCAGAAAUUUAAACGGAUUAGUGAUAGAAUACCCGGAGUUGUCUUGCCAUGUGGAGAAGAAGUUGUCUAUAAAACGAAGCCUGGAUUCGGCUUCCUGUCACCGAAUUAAAGUAGCUUUAGUCAAUUGCUCAAUGUCCGGUGACGCGGAAUCCGAACUGAAUGCUAAUUACGAAGUUGCCACUGGCGUUAAUCCCGAUAUGUUUUUUCUCGAGAAGAUAUUGUCCUUCUGUUAUCAGCUCGUUACCAUGGGAACCGGACUUGUGAUUUGUCAGAAAGUUAUGCAUCCCCGCGUAAAGGAAUAUUUUAGAAAAGAGGGUGUGUUGUUUACAGAUCGUCUGGGUGCGAUGCCCGUACCAUAUGUACAGGAUGUAACAGGUGCAACACCAAUUGGCCUUCUAACAGAAGCUCCUUCUGAUGGUAUGUUUGGUUGGAUAGAUCACAUAGAACAUGUGGUUAUACAUGACAAGAGUUAUCUCCACUUACAGGAAGUAGAUAGUUGUGUUAUUACUCUAGUAUUAGCUACACCAGAUGAAGACAAGCUAGAUGAAUUAAAGACGACAACUUUAGGUGUAUUGAGAAAUUUAGAACGAUUAAUUAUCCAACCAGAAGUGUUAUUUGGUGGUGGAUGUUGGAACACCCAUGUAGCCGCCUACUUACGACAUCAUGUGGCUCAAAAUCUAUCGGCGCUUGCAUCAACCCAUGAUUGUUCCGAGAGUCUGGUGUCAACUUCAGCCGAAAUAUUUGCUAGAUGUAUGGAGAAAAUUGCCAUGGUAACGAGUCCAGACAGCAUGGAUCACUUAGUAGAUGUUUCUAGUCAUCACGUCUGGAGAGUUACUAAAGGGGAGAUAACUGACAUCUCGUCUAUAAGACAUUCGCCAAGUUUAAAAUGUGGCUGUGGCUUGUUAGAUGGAGCAAUGGUUAAAGAUUUCCAAUUCCUGAAUGAAAAAUUGUCAGGUCCCAAAUAUGAAGAAUUCCUGGUUUCGAAGCCGAACAGUGAAGCGAUUGGUUGUGAUAUUGUGUCUGAUAGUCUGUCCGUUGUCGUCAAUGCGUUACGCAUUGCAGUCAAUACGGCCAGUUCCAUAAUAACGGUUGGACAGUUCAUACACGAUACCAACUAAUCAAAAAAGGUCUUUUAAAUGAUUGAAAAUGUACAAUAUGCAUGGUUUAAUGGUUGGUUCCCAACUCCCUAAGGCUCGUUUUCUAUGUACACUUCAUACACGAUACCAACUAAUCAAAAAAGGUCUUUUAAAUGAUUGAAAAUGUACGAUAUAUACGUGGUUAAAUGGUUCCCAACUCCUUAAGGCCCGUUUUCUACGUAAGCAUUUUCGCUGGCGUUUCGGCGCAUGUUUUUCGCCAGCGAUAAAGUCAGUCUAAUGCAAAUAUAAAGGAACCCUUUACACGUAACCCACGAAAACGCUUAGGGAAAUAUGUACAUUUAAAACAGGUGUAACGUAACAAUUGAAAAGUUUUUAAGAAGAAAGUUUGUAAGAUUAUGAUUUUAAAUAUAUAAUGAAGCAUGAUUCUUGCAAUGAUUAGCAUGAUCCUUGUCCAAGCUUUCACUUCCUGUAUUGAAACUUUCUGUAUUCAAAUUCACCAAUCAAUCUUAAACACUACAACUCCAGUAUCAUGUCAUUGUGCUGUUUUUUUUACGAGUUCCUGUAUUUGAUGUUUAGUUUCAAACCAUAGUUGACAAGCUGUUCUAACUGUUGCAUAGUUUAAAAUGGUCCGUCUAGAUUAGGUAACAUGUAUUAGGGUUUACAACUGUUUACUAUAUCUCGAGUUAUGUUGAGUAAACAACAGACUACGCUAAUUAAUAUGCAUUUUUAUCGACCACUGAUUAGCCGAAGUGAUUUGCAUUCAAUCAAAUUUUCAUCUGUAAUGUCUAUCUAAUUUAAAUUUAUCAACACCGAUUUCUGAAGCAAUUACCACAAUUCACCAAAUCACCUCUAGGUGCGAUUUGAUCAGGUGAUCACAUGUUGUUUUCAACUAUGUCCAGCCGCAGCUGAUCAGCACAUUUAACGAACUCACCAAAGUACUUUGAAAUCAACUAUACUGUCACAUGACAGGAUUAAAUUCAAAUAGAUUUGGCAUAUCGAUAAAAUAGCCUAAUUACUCAACACUACUUAGGAAAAUAAACAUCUAAUCUAUACGAACCAUUUUAAACUACACAACAGUCAGAAAACCAACAGUUGUAAUUGAUUAUCAAUGAAUUUUAACAAUUGGUCAUUUGAAGUUAACAUUAUAUACAGGAACUCCUGCUAAAACAUCCCAACUACAUGAUAUACACAAGUUAACAUUAUAUACAGGAACUCCUGCUAAAACAUCCCAACUACAUGAUAUACACAAGUUGUAGUGAAAAUGUUGGGAUUAUCUUUAUCAGAUUAAAAUACACAUCUAAUUGUUACUUUUGUUUUUGUUUAGUUAUAAAAAUAUACGAUUUGAUCUGUGUUAUAAUCAAGCCUGGAAAUUACAGUGUUAAUUGUCACUGAUAAAAUGUCUGACACUUAUAAACUGGUACCUGGUCAAAUUACUUGACUCUGAGCCACGAUAUCCUUGAAUAUACAAUUAUAGCCUCGAUUGUCAUUACUACUGUUGUUAACAAAGUCUCGAUGAGCCAUUUUUAAGGUAUCCGCAUCGACCACAAAACGAAGUAAAAUCUGCUUAUAUCGCAGCCAUCCGAUGACAUCAAGAGUUGAUUAUGGUCUGGAUAAGUUAAUUAAUGUCUUAAUUAAUAAUUUAGAUAUCAUUUCAGGCCUAAACAAAGACCUGCAAUAGAAAGAUUUAGCUCUUGAAUAAUGUAUGUUUAAUUAGAAAGACAAGCCAGUGCUAAAUAAAACGACAGGUACCAGAGCAAAUGUUCCUGACAAAGCCUGAAUCUGUGUCUGACAUUGCCAGUGUCAGAUGCUCUGUUUCCAGACUUGGUUAUAAUAGCUUGUCCGUAAUUUAUCAACUAUUUUAGCCGAUCGAUAUUUAUAUACCGUUUGCCUUAUAUUAAAUUAUAAAAGCUAUAUUAUAUGUACUAGUUGUAUAUAUUGUUAUCGUGUUCGUCUGCAUGUUUAAAUAUAGAACACCUUCGUCUAGUUGUAAUUUACAGGUAGCCAAAUACUGAUCGUUUAUUAGCUUAGCAGGAGGACCACACAACAUACAAACAAAACACCAAUAAAACAGACCGCCAUAAAAAACAAAACACGCACUAUGCAAACAUGGGGACAAGAAAUAAACAAUUAAUAUCAAAUCAAGUGAAUGGAUUCUGGUGGCAUGACACAAAAAGGAACGCCAUUGGCCUUAAUUGUGUCCGUGUGCAGUCCUGACUGGCAAUGAAGUUGAAUAGUGGACGAACUAACCGUUCUGUCAGUAUUAAACACCAUAAAUACAAUCAAAUUGUCAGGAUAAAUCCUCAUCAAUUAAAAGUAAAAAAUUUUUCGACCAGUCACUCGACCCAAAGCACUGCUCAUCAUGUUCUUCGAAAAAAGGCAAUUCACGUAAGAUCAACAUGAAAAAUGGCAUCCAUGUUCCUUGGGGAAAUUGAGCAUUGAUUGAAAGACUUCGAUUUUUGAUAUUACAUCAUAAUUUCAAGAUGGCUGCGAUGGGGUCAUGCUCGGUUUCUGGUCCAUGGCACAAUCGUUGUUGUUAAAUGAGUCCUCCGUUACAACAUAUUUUGUUUCACGUGUACAUGUAGAUGUUCAUAUAAAUAACGCCAGCAGUGUUCGAUUGAAAUCAAAGAUGACUGCGAUGGCGUCGUUCGCAGUUCCUGGUCCAUGUUACACUCGUUCUUCUUAAAUGAUAGUCCUCCGUAACAACAUAUUUAAUGUGUUUGAAGAUGUACUUAUAAAUAACGCCAACAAUGUUCGCUUCUAAUCAAAACAUCAUCAUUGAUCAACAGUUAAACCACACUGUUCGUUCGAAAUCAAAAUCAUUCAUGCUAAAAAAAAAAUGCUUUAUGUACUUAUGAAGAUGGUUGUCAGUAUUGUAUCUAGACUGUCGAUUAGAACUCAUCCAUAACUAGUAAAUAUGUCAAGUAUUGUACACUGGGCAGUGUGAACUGUUUCUAUAGUAACACAGUAUUAAAAUAAAUGACAUAAUAAAUGUCCCUAUACCCUGAGAAAUUUCAACAAUUGCUAUACAUGUAUUGUGAGCAGUUGCUAUGGCUAUAAAUGACAUAAUAGAUUUAUUUUAUUGCCAUGUUGGUGUAGACACUGAUUAGCUUUACGCUUACUUGUACGGGAUUGAACAAUAAAACGUAACACGUGGUAUAUAUGGAUAAAACUACUUCUCUGUUAUUUAAUAACACAUGGUAUAUAGAGAUAAACAUGGUAUAUAUAGAUAACUUAUGGUAUAUAUGGAUAUAACUACUUCUCUGUUAUUUAAUAACAAAGUUUAGUAACACAUACCUGUAUCUGUCUUGAAAUGAAAAUGAAAUGAAAUGGGGUUUAAUGUUCUACUGUUCUACUUCAACCGAGCUAAACAAGACGGGUAUACGUCAUGCAGCGUGCUAUCAAGGAAAUUGUCCCAUACAGCGGUGCUACACACCACUCUAAAAUCGAAUUGAAACUGUUAAGGGGUCUUUUACAUGCACAUCAGUGUGUUACCGGGACCUCAGUUUUUGUCCCAUUCGAUUGAUUAGACACUUUAUCAGGCCCUCGUUGUUAUUGAACAACAAAGAAGUAUAGUUAAGUCAAUAUACAUCAGUUUUCAUACCAUCCGAUUUGCAAGACAUUUCAUUGUCAGGCCCUCGUUGUUAUUGAACAACAAAGAAGUAGUUAGGUCCUUAUACAUGAGCGGGGUUGGAUGGCUGAAUGGUUAGCGUGCGCGCGCUGUAUCAUAAAGUCUGUCAUUGAGUCGACUGGCGUGGUUUCGAAUCCCCGGUUGUACGUGGCAAGGAGUAGGGUCGCCUGUCAAACCUCGUGGGUUUUCACCGGGGCCUCCGGUUUCCUCCACUGCUAAAGACCCCUACGCGCAAGCGACUGUUUGAAAUAAAAUUAAACCAUAUGUUAGUCCCGAAAUGACCUAGUUUGUGUCGAGUGGAGGUUAAAUCCCAUCUCUCUCUCUCUCUCUCUCUCUACAUGUUUUGAAUGUUUAUUUCUACAGCUAUAUUUAUAUAGGAUAUUUUGUUAUCUGAUUUAAAGAUCAGUGGAUAUAUUAAAGAGGGGAUCACGUGGCUAAGUGGGUAAGACGCUAGCUCGCUAGCCUGGAGGUCGGGUAUUCGAUUCCUGCAUUGGCCGAGAAAGUUCAUCCAGAUUUUCCGGCGUGGUUCUCCCUUGUCAGUGAUGCAGGACGGAGGGGCUGACAAGGAAAGCUGUCUAGUCGUUCGGAUGGGACGAAAAACCGAGGUCCCGUGUACACAUUGGCGUGCACGUAAAAGAUCCCUUGGCAGUUCGAAUUCGAUAUAAGAGUAGGCCGUAGUGCCGCUGUCCGGGCAAAAUUUCCCUCAUAGCACACUGUAUGGCGUAUGCCCGUCUUCAUUAGCCCAGGUUAGGAGCAGAACAGUAGGACGUUAAACUCCAUUUAAUUUCAUUUCAUUUCGAUAUAUUAAAGAUACAUUAUGUAAGAUUUAGAUAAACAGCUGGUCGUUCUCUCUUUAAUAGUUCAAAUAUAGAUAAUAAGAAAUAAAUAAAUUGACAAAAUCAGUCAAAUUACUUUAUUUUGAACGAAGUUAUGAGUCUUUGAAGUUUUGACAAGAUAUAACAUUUGAAGCCUGGGACCUGUUUCACAAAAUUUUAACUAAGAUAAAAAUCCAAAUUUUAGUAAUUUGGUUGGAUAAUAUUGGAUUGAUUUUAGUGCUUAGCCAAUCAAAACUGAAGUAUCUACUAAAAUUUGGUUUUUUUCUUUAGUUAAGAUUUUGAGAAACAGGGCUCAGAAGAACGACCGACAAGAGGCAGAUUUUAACCCUUACAUGUUUAUUAUCUGAGAGAAAGAUUGUUAAACAUAAUGAUAUUAUUAUUAUAAAGUGCUGGAUAUAUAUAUUGCAUGCUGACAACAUAAAUUAAUAUUUUUAAAUGAUAUUUGUCAAGUAUCAGAGUAUUAUGAUUAUAGGCCUACAGUAGAAUUCUGUGAAAAUAUGUGAAAUGAUAUUUGUCAAGUAUCAGAGUUUUAUGAUUUUACAGUAGAAUUCUGUGAAUAUCUGUAAAAUAUGUGAGUGUCAUGCAUGUUAUAACAGAUCGUUUAAAAGUUGAAUUUUAAAUUCAUUUAUUCUGGGCAGACUGUGUUGAAUUGUCUCAAUCCCUUGAAAGUUGUCAGUAAACGAGUAGAUAAAGGCAGAGUAUGCUUACUCAUUCUAGAACACCUGAUACCACUUGGUAUCCUCUAGCCAUAUGUAGUGAUGGGUAUCAUGUGUGAGGCAGUGUAUGCCUACUCUUUUUAAACACCUGAUACCACUUAUCAUUUAUUAGACAUGUGCAAGUAGCUAGUAAUUUUGUUGUUUUAUAUGAGCUGGCCUUCAUUGUAGUUGUACUAUGCCAUAAAUGGGUUGUAUGCAACCUAUAUUUAUUAAGACGACUAAUUUUAAAACACUUAUAUGGAUAUACUACUUCUGAAUAUAUUAACAUGCUACGUUUCAAUACACAUACAGGUAUCGUUAUCAAGCAAAUGUAUGUGUAUUGAAACGUAGCAUGUUAAUAUAAUUCAGAAGUACUAAAUAAGUGUUUUAAAUCUGUGAAAUCUAUUUCUAUAUGUUAUAAACAUUGUACUUGUACCAUGAUGAAUGGGUUGUAAGCCAACCUAUAUUUAAUACAAAGAAGAUUGUAUUUGUACCAAUGUUAGUUUUAUGUUCAAAUAUUUUAUUCUACAACUUGGGUAUUGGGUAGGAAGUGUUUUAUGUUUAGUUUUAAACCAUUGUUGACAAAAUUGUUUAAAUUCGUUGAGAAUGAUCAAAGAAUAUUUGUUUCCUACUGUCUUGUUGUUUAAGAUGGACCAUCUUUAUAAUGAAUGUUGGGUUUACGAUCUCUCCCUAACAACCUAACUAUAUGAUAUCCAAGUUGUAAUAUAUGUUACUUGUAUACAGUAUAAUUUUAAACCCUAGAAUCUCUUGUUUUGUCCGAUUUAGGCAAGAAAGAGGAAUUUUAAAAAUCCUUGCCAGAAAUGGACUAAAGGAUAUUUAUUGAGAAAAGGCAAGUUAAAUUUACAUGUAAGUCUUACAUGUUCAAUGUCCUCCAUACACAUUCAAUUUCUUUGUCAAUUAAUUGACGUUAAUUAACUGAUGAAAAAAUUAAACGUUUAUGGGCCGCUUUAUUUUAAAUUUGCCUUUUUGCCUAAGUCUGACAAAAACGUACAUGAAGGUUUUCUGCGGUUUAGAAUGAGACUUUAUACAAUAAAUAUAGCUGUUGUGUUUAUUGUAGGAAUUAAUUUAAAACAUAUGGAUAGUUUUUUUAUUUGAUACUGAUACGUACAGUAGUAGGUUCAAAGCAUUGGCUACUCGUCAUAUAUUUAUACACAACCCCACGGAACUAAACAAAAUGCUGAAUGUUUAUUUUGCGCUUUCACUAUGACGGCUUGUUUUCAUCAAUAAAGCUGCUUUAAUUCAAA